AUGGCUAUACCAUAUAUUGAUAUCAAUCUUUUUUUAUUAUUAUCAAGAUUUCCUAAUGAGGUUCUUGAUCACAUCAUCAGCUACAUACCUAAGUGUAUGUUGCCUGAAUUAUUGUACUUUCGGUCAAUUAAGCCUUUUGUGGAGUACCGAGUAUUAAUGAAUGUUGCUAUCAAAUUUCUGGUGCAACGCCAUAGAAGAAUGGACGCAUUUGGUUACGACUACAUUUGGUGUGAUUGUACAGGUUUCAAAAUAACACUCAAUAAUUUGAAAAUUGCCAUAAACAGAUUGCACAUAUUUCCACACAUUAUUCAUUUUGAGUAUAUAAACGAUUUAAUGGACCUUGUGCAUUCUUACCCUGACCUUGGGAGGAGACUUUUGAAAAUCAAUGGCACUUUUAAUUCUUUUGAUUUUCAAAAUUUAGAAAACCUUAUGACGCUUAUGGAUCAGUCCCAAAUCAGAUUUGACACACUAGCAUUAUCUAACUUCAAUUAUUCAUUUCCGCUACCUCCUAUAGCAACAAACUUGUCGUUGUUCAAUUGUUUAGUGGCAGAUUACAUGAUUCAAGGUUUAAGAAAGCUAAACUUGGUUAUAGAUCAUCCUAGUAUUCAAGAUCGUAUAGUUACUUUUCCUGAUUCUUUGGAAGAGUUGCUAAUUGAUACAAGUGUUAAUAUUAGUGUGAUUCCAUCCCCCAGUUUGCGUGAAUUAAGCUUAAUCACAUUUUCAAAUAAUGUAAAUUUCAUGUUUCAAGAAAUGUCUAAGCUUGAAUAUUUGUGGAUACAAAUUCCAGAUUUUGAAUCCUUCAAUGACAUCGGAAUAGUUGCUCCAAAUAUAAAUACAUUAGAAUUGCUGGAUUGCUAUCAUAUGAACAAUUUUGGGGAAUUGACCCAGUUCCAACAUUUAAAACAUUUAAAAAUAAAACGCUGUGCUUUCCCAAUUGGUUUGUUUGAAGAGUUCCAGUUCCCUGAACUUGAGAUAUUUACUUAUAAUGGACAUGAUAGGGUAUAUCUAAAAGAUGCGUACAACCCACGGUUACCAUUUCCUCAAAAUUUGAAAUGUUUAUCAAUCAAAUCAUACGAUCUUGACAGCAUUCAUCCUUAUAACUUAGAAUUACCCGCUGGAUUGGAACGUUUAGAGCUUAUGUAUUUAACCUUUAGCGAUGGUUAUUUCCAUUUCGGUGACAAUUUACGAUAUAUUCGUAUUUAUACACCAACACUCACAUUUCAUGAAGAUUUUCGACUUCCACAAUCAGCUCAAGAAUUCAUAUUGAAUGCGGAUUGUUUAACAUUUGACAGACUGUACUUCUUACACAAGCUACCAGAAAAUCUUGUUCGUUUGCAUUUGAUUGCUAAUAAACUAUGUGUGAUGAGGCCAAUAACAAAAAAAAUUCAAUGGCCCUCAAUGUUGAGUAGUUUAUAUCUCAAGGGUUUUGCUAUUAAUUCUGGGAUACUAAAACUUUUGAAUCUCAGACAAACAUGUCUUGAAGAAAUUACUAUCUGUGGAGGGUAUGUACCCAUAUUGAGUGAAGAAAUGUUUCCAGUUAGUGUUAAAGAACUAACUUUACAACGAAUGGGAAUCCGCUCCUUGUCGUCUUCUUUUAAAAGUUUAAAAAAUCUACAAAGGCUAUCAUUGAUAAGAAAUAAUCUCAAAGAUAUAUCUUCUGUCAGAUUACCAUUGGCCACAUUAAAAAGUUUGGAUUUAAGUUAUUCUCAUGUUCCUUUGUUAACACCAUUCUUGAUUGCUUUUCUGUCCGAGAAGUAUAAAAAUGCUGAACUUGAGGUAGACGCUAGAGGGAACCAGGAAAUAGACAUUAACGAUGUGCUAAUGGCAAUGCAAGAAUAUAGAAGGCUCUCGGUAUGUCUCAGCAUGAUUAAUGGUACUAGGACACAACUACCCAUGGAUCCUACGCGUUUGGAGUUUGUAUAUGAGAGUUUUGAUUCUUAUCAUGAAAGAUAUGAAAAUAGCGACAAUGAUCCGGAUGAUAUGGAUAGUGAUGGUGAGGAUGAUGAUGUUGAGAGGAGAAGAAUGGGGUUACAUUAA